AUGCAGCCGGCUCAGGACGUGGUGUCCUUUGAGGAGGUGGCUGUGUACUUCACCCAGGGGGAGUGGGCCCUGCUGUGCCCCGCCCAGAGAGCUCUGUACAAGGAAGUCAUGCUGGAGAAUUUCGGGAACGUGGCCUUUCUGGGAGCUCAGAUGGCCAAACCUGACCUCAUAUCCUGGCUGGAAGAGGAGGAAGACCUGUUUCUCCUGAAUGGUGAAAAAGAGGAGGGAUUUGCAGGUGGCGUGUGGAAGUCAGCAAAGGAAACAUCUGAGCAUACAGUUGUGGAGACAGAAGAUACCUAUUCAGAGGUGAAAGAGAAAGAUGAAUAUUGUGAUCUACUGAGGAAAGAGGGGCGGAAACACAAACCAUAUAAAUGUCUGGAAUGUGGAAAAAGUUUCAGUCGGAGUUCGCAACUUACUAUCCAUCAAAGAAUUCACACAGGUGAGAAACCAUAUAGAUGCCAGGAGUGUGGAACAUGCUUCAGUCGGCGAGACCGUCUAACUGCCCAUCAAAGAAUUCACACAGGGAAGAAACCAUAUAAAUGCCUGGAGUGUGGAAGCAGUUUCAACAACAGUAGACUCCUUACUGUACAUCAAAGAAUUCACACAGAGGAGAAACCAUAUAAAUGCUUGGAGUGCGGAAGAAGUUUCAAUUGGAGAGGACACCUUACUUCCCAUCAAAGAAUUCACACAGGCAAUAAACCAUAUAAAUACCAGGAGUGUGGAAAAAGCUUCAGUGACAGUAAAAGCUUGUCUUUGCAUCAACAGAUUCACACAGGGGAGAAACCAUAUAAAUGCCUGGAGUGUGGAAAAAGCUUCAGUGACAGUGGAAACCUUAAGUCUCAUAAAAGAAUUCACACAGGGGAGAAACCAUACAAAUGUCUGGAGUGUGGGAAAAGUUUCAAUCACACUGGACACCUUACUAUCCAUCAAAGAAUUCACACAGGGGAGAAACCAUAUAAAUGCCAGGAGUGUGGAACAUGCUUCAGUCGGCGAGACAGUCUAACUGCCCAUCAAAGAAAUCACACAGGGAAGAAACCACAUAAAUGCCUGGAGUGUGGAAGCAGCUUCAAUAACAGUGGACACCUUACUGUCCAUCAAAGAAUUCACAAAGGGGACAAGCCAUGUAAAUGCUUGGAGUGUGGGAAAAGCUUCAGUGACAGUGGAAGCCUUACUUGUCAUAAAAGAAUUCACACAGGGGAGAAACCAUAUAAAUGCUUGGAGUGUGGAAAAAGCUUCCGUCAGAGUUCGCACCUUAUUGUCCAUCAAAGAAUUCACACAGGGGAGAAACCAUAUAAAUGCUUGGAGUGCGGAAGAAGUUUCAAUCGGAGAGGACACCUUACUUCCCAUCAAAGAAUUCACACAGGCAAUAAACCAUAUAAAUGCCUGGAGUGUGGAAAAAGCUUCAGUGACAGUAAAAGCUUGUCUUUGCAUCAACAAAAUCACACAGGGGAGAAACCAUAUAAAUGCCUGGAGUGUGGAAAAAGCUUCAGUGACAGUAAAAGCUUGUCUUUGCAUCAACUAAAUCACACAGGGGAGAAACCAUAUAAAUGCCUGGAGUGUGGAAAAAGCUUCCGUCAGAGUUCACACCUUACUGUCCAUCAAAGAAUUCACACAGGGGAGAAACCAUACAAAUGCCUAGAGUGUGGAAAAAGCUUCAGUGAUAGUGGAAACUUUACUGUCCAUCAAAGAAUUCACACAGGGGGAAAACCAUAUAAAUGCCUGGAAUGUGGGAAAAGUUUCAGUUUCAGGAAAAGUUUGUCUUCACAUCAAAGAAUUCACACAGGUGCCCACUACCUUAAGCGCAUCAUCCAGUUCUUCCCUACUGGCCAUGAGGUCCCGCCCCGCCCCAAUUCCCUUCCCGGAAGUUCCCCCCAAGUCUUUGGGAGGCAAAAGCCUCCGCCUUUGGCUCGGCCCAGGUUGACGAGCGUAGAGCACGGCAGUUCCGGCUCCAGGCCCGCCUGCCGAUCAGCUGUUGGGCGGGCCGGUUUCCUUCUGCCCGCGCACUCACUGUGGCGCCCGCCAGGCCCUGCUCCGUUCCCGUCGCUGCGGCAGGGCCGUCGUGCCUUCGGGGGAACAGCGGGUCCCGGACAUGCCAGCUGCCCCCCCCAGGAGGCCGCUGGCCUGGGGCGUCUUCGCCUUGCCCUGGCCCGCCUUGGGCUUGCAGCCAGCCCCCUCCGAACGCUCCCGGUGUGCCUCCGCCACCAGGGAGAGGCCAGUGCCGGGCUCCUUUACGCCGAGCCCUCCUAUCUCCCGGCCAAGUUCCAGCCACGCCGGCCGGCCGCGGCCGCUGCGCCUCCCGCCCGGACUCGUCGCUCCGGCCCCCCCUCGGAGUUCUCCGGGGGAUUCCGGUAA